CUCGCAGGCUCUAGUAGCGCCUCAACUCUCAGCAGUCUCACACGCAAUCAAUGCUUUAUAAAUGAAUAUCUCUAUAGUGUACAGACCACAGACCGAAGACUUCAGUAGUACAUACGUGUGAUGAAGCUAAGCAGUGCACGCUGCGGUAUUGCCAGAUAGUAUCAAGCUCACAGUGGGCGCUGACCGGAAACCUUUCGUGUAUUACGUACGAAUAUGAAUCUUGGGCUCUGAGUGUUGUGCAACGCUCAAGGUGUUUUAUAUCGCCUAUAUCUCUGUUUACUGUUUACCAAAAUAUUAUCAGGAUCGGAACAUUCUUCCCUUUGUUUGAACAGUAUAUACUAAUAUAAUGGCAGAGCGGUCCCAAGAUGAGGCCACGGAGUCGUCACCCUCUGAAGUGGAGAUUGUAAUUGGGGACGAGGAGGCUGCACCCAUUAAGUACAACAAAAGAGGAAUGCGUGUAUGGGGUUUGUCAUAUAUUGAUAUACUCGCUAAGCCUGAUCCGGUACAGGCAUACGAUGCCGACGAAAGGAAGGGAGUUCCUUUAGUCAUUGACAUAGGCGCUUACACCAUAAAGGCCGGAUGGGCGGACAAACCCGAACCUUCGCUAGUGUUCAGGAGUAGAGUAGCACGAGCGAGGAAAGGCUUCGGCGAAACUGUGGGCAUGAUGGUAGGCAAUGACAUUUCCAACAGAGAGUCGUUGCGAGCUCAGUACCGCAACUAUAUGGAGGCGGGUGUGGUCACCAAUUUCAUCACACAGGAAGAGAUAUUCGAUCACAUCUUCAGCCGUCUGGGGAUCAACACGCCUUCUAUCGACCAUCCCGUGGUUUUGACCGAACGGGUCUGUGCGCCUAUCUUCACGCGUGCGCGCUUCUUUGAGAUGCUAUACAUGGCGUAUGGCGUCCCUCGGAUUGGCCUCGGCGUUGGCUGUCUCGUCAGCAACUACCUUCAGACCACUACAAGGCCAAGUGCCAAUGGUAGUGACGAUAAAUACGCAAUAGUGAUACAAAUCGGCCACUCAGCCACACACAUUGUCCCACUUAUCAACGGACGAAUGGACUCGCAGAACUGCAAACGGGUCAACAUUGGAGCAGCCUCAACGGCGCACUACUUGCACAACCUGCUCAGGCUCAAAUAUCCCCAACACGCAGGUAGGAUACACGUG